UAUUUGUCCCGUUUCCCAUUUUUUGGCAACACUUUUAUUACACAAAGAAUUCCUUUUCCCCCAUUUCAAAAAAACCGACCUUGCGUACGAGAUUAACUUUACUAUAAGUUAAUGCUUACCACAUGAAAAGUAGUUACCAGGAAUUAUGAUGUCAUUGUGAACGAUUGUUUUCUGUGAACAGCCGACUUUGGAUUUUCAGACAUGGAACUGUGCUAUCUGUUGCUUUCUGGAGUACUUUGUCUUCUAAUUGCCUGGUUCAUCAAAUAUCUGAUAUCACGACCAAAGAAUCUACCACCCGGUCCGACUGGUUUCAUCAAUGUGGCUUGGCAGCUCUUCAGCAAAGGCAGUUCAGAUCCUCUAGCUCUUUUCUCUUCAUGGGCUAAGAAGUACGGUGAGAUCGUAUCCUUUUACGUCGGUACCAAAACGAUCGUCAUCCUCAACUCUCAUUCAGUCAUCGUAGAGGCCUUCCGACAUCCUGAUCUUCAAGAUCGACUUCAGAGUCGACUUCUUCAGGAAAUACUUGGAUUAAAAAACUGCGGUAUUGCUUUUUCCAGUGGGGAAACUUGGAAGGAGCAGCGGAAGUUCGGAUAUUCGACAUUCCGGAGUCUGGGAGUUGGCAAGAAGAGUUACGAAGAUACUGUCUCAGCCGAGAUGUCUCAGCUGAGUUCCGCCAUCGAAGAAAAGAAAGGGGCUCCGUUUGAUCCUGGUACUCUCCUCAUGCAAGCUGUUUCAAACAUUACCAGCACUAUCAUCUUCGGCACGCAGUACAAGUAUGGAGAUAUCGAAUUCAAAAAGCUUUUGCACAUAAUUAACAAGAACGCCGAGUUGGCAGGAGGGGGCGGAGCUAUUUUGUUUCUUCCAAUUCCUGGCAUUUCCCGGAUACCAUUCGGUAUAGUGAAAACUAUGACUGAUAAUAUCCGGGCUUUGAAUGCCUUCAUCGAUUCUCAAAUUGAAUCCCAUGAACGUAACUGGAAUCAAACGAAUCCGAAGGAUUUCAUCGACCAGUACCUUAAUAAGUUGGAGGAAACUAAGGACAUUUCUUCUUCAUUCAGUAAACUACAACUGAUCGGUUGCAUCAACGACCUCUUCUAUGCAGGGUCUGAAACAACAACUACUACCUUAAAGUGGUGCAUUCUCUUCAUGAUGGCCUACCCGGAGGUUCAAUCACGUGUUCAAGAUGAACUUGAUCACGUGGUUGGCAGAGAGCGUACCCCAAGACUCGAUGAUAUGAAAGACCUACCCUGCACCAAUGCUGUUUUAUCAGAGGUCCAGCGCAUGGGUUCGAUAGCGCCGCUAGGUGUGCCUCACGUGGCUGCUGCGGACACCAACAUCAGAGGCUAUACCAUCCCAAAGGGCGCCAUUAUUGUGUCUAACAUCUACGAGGUUCUGAACAGCAAGGAUCUGUGGACGGACCCCGGUGACUUUAAACCGGAAAGGUUUUUGACUGCAGAUGGAGAUCUCAUCAACAGGGAGGAGCUCAUUUUCUUCGGAACCGGUCGCCGCGUGUGUCUUGGAGAACAGCUUGCACGGAUGGAGACAUUCUUGGGUUUUACCAGUCUCCUUCAACGAUUCACCUUCCAGAAACCUGACGGCUCACCUACCCUCUCUUUUGAGGGUAUUCUCGGAUUCUCAAGGAACCCUCUGCCCUAUCAGACAAGGGCAGUUGUAAGAGUGUAAUAUUGUCACCGUUAUUCGAUGAAUGGAUGCUGAGCUGGUGGGAAAGUAGAAUGAAACAGACAGGAGUAGGCCUAUUGAUGUUUUGGAAUGACCAUGAACUGAUGAAGAACGUCUGGCAUGUCUGAUUAUAAUUUUUGCCCAUAGUGGAAAUCCCAGGUGGAAAUAAACAGGGUUUUCGCUGCCAAAGAGAUUGGCAGGGACAUCUAGGUCAACUAGAAAGUACACUAACUCUCAAACUAUAUAUCAAAUUAACUUCUCAAACGAGAAGAAAUUUCCAUUAUUCCUGGAAAAGUGUUGUUGUGUUUUGUCUUUUUCAUGUAAGCAAUUUCUUUAUUUCUAAUGCACGAUUAUAUUUAGGGAAAUGUAGAACAAGAAUGAUUAUGUUGUAUGAUAAUCAUUAGGAUCGUUCCUUUAUUUUAAUAUGUAAGGGAAUUAAGGCGGGGUAAGUUGAGCAUAGGGGCAAGUUGAGCCGCCACCCCAGGCCAAUCAUUAAUGAGUCAGACCAAGGAACUUGCUCUUUGGUCAGUCAUUGUGGUGGUGUCAUGUAUUGAUGACCCAUUACAUAACCCUUUACCCAACCACAUUGUUUUCGAUCAUUGAAACAAAAAGUACUUUUUUAGAGGGAAAAAUAAAAAUUUCAGCCAAAAAAGUAACAAAAAGGUGUAAAAUAGAUCACUGCUUUUAACCCACACACGUCUUUAAAUAUAAUAAUAAUGUUAAAGACAGUGUCUCCUUGAAUUCAUUCAAACGUAAACUCAAAC